AGCAGCAGCCCGGCGGCCACUCCCUGCUCGCCGAGCGGGGCUCGGGUGGCGUCUGGGCUCUCGCGUCCUGCCCACCGCGCCAAAGCCUCGCCCCAGACAACGCCCCAAAAGCUGAUCGGCCGCGGGCUCUUCCCAGCCAGGCCUCGCGCGGGUCCUGGGUGCGCCCCGGCAGCCCUCUCCUGCGUGACUUCCCUCGGCAGGGCGGCCCCGCGCCUCCGGGACCAUGCUGCGCUGGCUUCGGGGCUUCGUGCUGCCCACGGCGGCCUGCCAGAGCGCGGAACCGCCGACGCGCUACGAGACGCUCUUCCAGGCGCUGGACCGCAACGGGGACGGCGUGGUGGACAUCGGCGAGCUGCAGGAGGGGCUCCGGAGCCUGGGCAUCCCCCUGGGCCGGGACGCCGAGGAGAAAAUAUUUACUACUGGAGAUAUCAACAAGGAUGGGAAGCUGGAUUUUGAAGAAUUUAUGAAGUACCUUAAAGACCAUGAGUUAAAAAUGAAACUGGCAUUUAAGAGUUUGGACAGAAAUAAUGAUGGAAAAAUUGAGGCUUCAGAAAUUGUUCAGUCUCUCCAGACACUGGGUCUAACUAUUUCUGAACAACAAGCAGAGUUGAUUCUUCAAAGCAUUGACGCUGAUGGGACAAUGACAGUGGACUGGAAUGAAUGGAGAGACUACUUCUUAUUUAAUCCUGUUACAGACAUUGAGGAAAUUAUCCGUUUCUGGAAACAUUCUACUGGAAUUGACAUAGGGGAUAGUUUAACCAUUCCAGAUGAAUUCACGGAAGAUGAAAAAAAGUCCGGGCAGUGGUGGAGGCAGCUUUUGGCAGGAGGUAUUGCUGGUGCCGUCUCUAGAACAAGCACUGCCCCUUUGGAUCGCCUGAAGAUCAUGAUGCAGGUUCAUGGUUCAAAAUCAGACAAAAUGAACAUAUUUGGUGGCUUUCGGCAGAUGGUGAAAGAAGGAGGCAUCCGUUCCCUUUGGAGAGGAAAUGGUACAAAUGUCAUUAAAAUUGCUCCUGAGACAGCUGUUAAGUUCUGGGCAUAUGAACAGUACAAGAAGUUGCUUACUGAGGAAGGACAAAAAGUAGGAACCACUGAGAGAUUUAUUUCUGGUUCCAUGGCUGGAGCAACUGCACAGACUUUUAUUUAUCCCAUGGAGGUUAUGAAAACCAGGCUGGCUGUGGGCAAAACUGGACAAUACUCUGGAAUAUACGAUUGUGCAAAAAAGAUAUUGAAGUAUGAAGGCUUGGGAGCUUUUUACAAAGGUUACAUUCCCAAUUUAUUAGGCAUCAUACCUUAUGCAGGCAUAGAUCUUGCUGUGUAUGAGCUCUUGAAAUCCCAUUGGCUAGAUAAUUUUGCAAAGGACUCUGUAAACCCCGGAGUCAUGGUGUUGCUGGGAUGCGGUGCCUUAUCCAGCACCUGUGGUCAGCUGGCCAGUUACCCCUUGGCUUUGAUAAGAACUCGCAUGCAGGCUCAAGCCAUGGUGGAAGGAGCCCCACCGCUGAACAUGGGGGGCCUCUUUCGACGAAUAAUUUCCAAAGAAGGAAUACCAGGACUCUACAGAGGCAUCACCCCAAACUUCAUGAAGGUGCUCCCUGCUGUAGGCAUCAGUUAUGUGGUUUAUGAAAAUAUGAAGCAAACUUUAGGAGUAACCCAGAAAUGACAUUUUGAAUUUUUUUGCUUUAGCAUGAUCAUUGAAAUUUUCAACAAUCUCUGGAAUGUCUUUUUUUCCUAGAAAUGCAACAGACCUAUGGCAAAAGCAGCUGUUAUUUUUAUUUCUAUUUUUUUUUUUUCACAAAAAGGGAAGAGCAUAUCAAUGAUCACUUCUAACAUUUGGGCUCAAUUUUAUAUACACAGAAAUGUUAAAAAUCAUAAGUUUUGAACAUUGUAUGUUAUCUUUUAUUAGUCCUUCUGCAAAUAGAAUACUAAAUCUAAAAAAAUGUACUUAAAUUUUAAAAAUUUGAACUGAAUUUGUUUUGUGUGGUAGAAUUACAAAUCAUUAAUCUUUAUUUGGUU